AGCAUCAUUUCAAAGACUCCAAUCAAAGUUCUAGUAUCCUAAGGGCUUUCUGAUCGAUCUUUGACAAUCUUAACUUCUCUGAUUUGAACGAAUAAUGAAUUUGAUAGAAAUAAUCUUUACCAAACGACGUCGUUCUGGAAUUGCCCGAUUGAAACCCAGCCUUCUUCUUCCUCGGACACUCGACCCUCCUGUUCUUAGAUGCGUCCGAUGACCUCAUCACCCAGCCCAUGGCGCAUAUGAGGGGAACUAUGGCGAGAUCCACUGGCGCACUACUGUAGGAGCUUGAAACCUGUCGCCGGAAAUCACGGACCACCAGAUCUACCGCGACACAGAGGAUCCGGUGUCCAUCUUCGCCGCGAAUCAAAUGAACAGAGCUCAGGUCAGCGUGAUGUUGAGGAUGGGUUCCAGUUGAUGAUUCACAUCAGAGAGAUGAUACAAGGGUAGGGGAUUUUUUUUUUCUUUUUUUGGUAGUAUUUGUUAUUCUAGGAAUAAUUUGAUAUUAAAGGGGACUGAAAUCCUAAAAGGUAGGAUCUUCUUCCCUGACUUUCCCUUUUCCCAUUCCUCUUUCUCGGCCUUUUAGCCUCUAGAAAUUUCCCCGAUUUCUCUCCCCUUUUCCCUGUAUUCCCUUCUCUCUAUAGGAUUCCCUUUUUUGUUGCAUCUUUGGAUUCUCUCCGUCGAUCGGAAUUGUAGAUCAGAGUAACCACUCGGUAUUUGUACAAUUCUUUUCCAGAUCAAUACAAGGUACUCCACCUUUAAUUUUCAAGAUUUCCAGUGUGAUUUUGGUGAUUCCAGCUGUUUUGUUGAUAUGAGGUUUUCGGCAUUGUUUUUGAUGAUGAUUUGCUCGAUUUUCCUGUUGAACUUUAUGACAAUUUGCUGUGGUCGAUCCUUUACUCGUGUGCUGUAGUUGGGUUUUGUCGUGGCUGCAUUUUGUGUUGAUUUUGUUGACAGAAAUGAAUUUUCUGUUUUGAUCUGCUGUACGUUCACUGAAGAUCUUGGGUGGAUAAUUUAGCUUUUUUGCUCCCUUUUGGAUUGUAAUAUGAGAUUCAUGCAAGGUUAUGUUGAUUUUG